AUGAAGGAUGCUGGUCCGAGAUUGCUUUCUUGUGCUGUUGCGAGGGGUGUUGUGCCUGCUAGUAGAUGGUAUCCGGACCCGCCGGUGCUUGGUGUGGGAACGGGCGUCGGGUUUAUAAGGCCGAGACAUGCGUUGGGGUUAUUGCCGGAUGUGUAUGUGGAGAGGAUGUUAUUGGCGAGUUCUUCGGUGCAGGGUGAGCCGACAGGUUCAGGUCAGGAAGACAAUGGUGAUGAAAAUGGAAAUGGAGAUGACGAUGGCGAUGCCCAAAUGCAAGAUGCAACCAUGACUGACCCUACGUCCAACUUCACCGACAUCGGCAGCUUCAUCCAUCUUCCACCAGUCCAGCACCAUCCCAUGUUCGAAGCAGUCGAAUGA